AUGGCAACGCUUUCGGCACCGGUUCCGACGACACUUCCUGCCGCCUGUUCGACAUCCGUGCCGACCGUGAACUUAACACUUACCAGCGACCAAGUUCUUUGCGGUAUCACCUCCGUCGCAUUCUCAGUCUCUGGUCGCUUAUUGUUUGCCGGAUACGACGACUUCGAGUGCAAGGUAUGGGAUGUUCUGCGUGGAGAUAAGAUUGGUUCUUUGAGUGGCCACGACAACCGUGUGAGCUGCCUGGGUGUCAGCAACGACGGCAUCAGUCUGUGCACUGGAUCCUGGGACUCUCUCCUCAAGGUCUGGGCCUGGUAA